AGCAGGAAGAGGGGGAGGCACACCGUACACCACACCAAGUGAGUGUUACUGUAGUGCUGGAGAAAGGACGAGGACUUACAAAGUAAGCGGACCCUCAAGAUAACAGCACUGAAGAUGGCCUCAAUCCUGCAGAAGCUGAUCACACCGCUGUUCAGUGGUCCUCCAGAGCCCCCCAGGAAUAAAGUGACGGUGGUGGGUGUGGGCCAGGUUGGCAUGGCCUGUGCUGUCAGCAUCCUGCUCAGGGAGCUGGCUGAUGAACUGGCCCUGGUGGAUGUGAUGGAGGACAAGCUUAAAGGAGAGAUGAUGGACCUGCAGCACGGCAGCCUCUUCCUCAAAACCCCCAAAAUAGUUGCAGACAAAGAUUACUCUGUGACAGCAAACUCCCGCAUCGUGGUGGUGACGGCUGGAGUCCGUCAGCAGGAGGGAGAGAGCAGGCUGAAUCUCGUCCAGAGAAACGUCAACAUCUUCAAGCACAUCGUUCCUCAGAUCGUCACAUACAGCCCUGACUGCAUCAUCAUUGUGGUUUCCAACCCAGUUGAUGUGCUGACUUAUGUGACCUGGAAACUGAGCGGCCUUCCCAAGCACCGCGUCAUCGGCAGCGGCACAAACUUGGACUCGGCGCGCUUCCGCUUCCUGAUGGCAGACAAACUGGGCAUCCACGCCAGCAGCUUCAACGGCUGGAUCCUGGGAGAGCACGGAGACACCAGUGUGCCUGUGUGGAGUGGAACAAACGUGGCUGGAGUCAACCUGCAGACGUUGAACCCGGACAUCGGCACCGACUGUGACGAAGAGAACUGGAGGGAAACCCACAAGAUGGUGGUGGACAGUGCCUACGAGGUGAUCAAACUGAAGGGUUACACCAACUGGGCCAUCGGUCUGAGUGUAGCUGACCUGACAGAAAGCCUCAUACGGAACAUGAACAGGAUUCAUCCUGUUUCCACCAUGGUGCAGGGCAUGUACGGAAUCGAUGACGAGGUGUAUCUCAGUCUGCCCUGCGUGCUGAACAGUGGAGGUGUAUCCAGCGUGGUCAACAUGACCCUGACAGAUGACGAGGUGGCCCAACUGCAGGCCAGUGCCAACACGCUGUGGGACAUCCAGAAGGACCUGCAGGACAUCUGACUGCCCAGCAGGGGGCAAUAUAGCUGCACCUUCCUGACUGCUCAACCCCUGCAGUAUUAUCACUCUGCAGUCACUAAAAAUCAGACAGCUCCAUCUUCUACACCUUAAACCCACUGCCCUCUGUAGACUCACAGGCGUAGUUCAAUACCCUCAGAUUUAGCUGUAGGUGUCAGUUUAUACACUUCUGCUCACCGGACAUGAAAUGUGACAUCACCUGAGUGAAAUGCUGCUCUAACUCACUUGUCCUCAACUGUAUUGCAGUGUGGGACCGCUCUUGUUGCUUUGACGUGCAAUAAAGCAAGUUUGUUGUUGCUUGAACAGGAAAUGCGUGUGUUCGGUUAUUCAGUGGUAAGGAACAAUCUACUAUAAAGUAGAAUAAGAUUUUUUUUUAUCAAAAAGGUGACAAUGAAAAAUGAAAUGAAUCCUAAAACGAUGUGAAAACAGUAACUUUAAGGAUAGACGCAGCCAAAACAUGUGCAUGAGGUUUGUAGGGGAACGCUGACAUUGAUCGCAUGUUGGGGGUUUUAGACACACUGGCAUUGGUUUAACACACCCCUGAUUCCAGAAAAGUUGUGACACUGUGUGAAACAUAAAACAGAAUGCAAUCACUUACAAAGUGUUCCUGAGCCCAUGUAGUA